UAACUGAUAAAGCCAGCAUUUGGUGAAAGUUGCACGUCGUCGGCAUUACAACUAUUCGAGGAAACCUUCUAUUAAAAUAUAGUUGUUGCGCAAUAUAAUAAAUUAAAUUGAAAUCGCAAUAGAAUGGCGCUGCCACUUAUUGGAGCUGUGGAAGAAUUGGUCGAUCAAUUCGAAAUAGACCUAAUUAAGGUUAUUUUUAUUGUGUUCAUUGCAACAAUCGUGGUUUUCGGCAGCCUCAUGACCCUCGUUGAAGCCCAUCUGCCCAACAGCAUACGACAAUCCUUCCGCUACGGCAAGCACAGCCAUAAAGGACCUACGGAUGCGAUUGUCAGUUACUUGGAGGUACCGAAGAGUUGGUUUAAACAUUUUUACAUGUUCUCGCUGGUGUGGUCAUUGCUGGCGCUCUAUCUGAUUGCCAGCGUCAUUGCUGGCCAAAUCGAGGCGCCAGAAUACGUGCUCAGAUUUCUUGAUUUCAUUUCCGGCGGACGCAGCCACAGAGAAGUGCUGGUUGACUCGAAUACAGCGCUCAUUGGCACUGUGCUACUCACCUUGCAGUGCCUGCGGCGCUUCUAUGAGACGAACUUCGUACAAAUAUUUUCGAAGCAGAGCAAAAUGAAUUUGUCGCACUAUUUUGUGGGAUAUAUACACUACUUUGGAGCCAUUAUUGCGUUGCUGUCCAACACGGCGGGCUUUGUGCGCGGUUCAAAGCCCAACGAGUUUUCUUUGGAAAAUAUCACAGUGCUGCAAUCAAUUUACAUUGUCUUCUUUCUCUUCUCCUGGCAUCAACAAUUUGCUAGCAAUCUUCUACUGGUUAAUCUGCGCAAGGAUGCCAAAACUGGAGCUGUGAAGACAGAGAAGCAUCUGAUGCCCACGGGCGGAUGGUUUAACCUGAUCUCCUCUCCGCAUAUGUUUUUCGAGGUGGUUAUGUAUUAUUGCCUCGCCGAUUUGUUCGCGCCAAUGCGUACCUGGAAACUGAUCUUCAUUUGGGUGGCGAGCAAUCAAACUGUGAAUGCGCUGCUCACACAUCAGUGGUACAAGGCGCAAUUCAAGGACUAUCCCAAAAGAAGGCAUGCCAUCAUUCCGUUUAUGCUGUAGUUGUGUAUUGCUUGUCUUGUGUUUGUACAAAUGUUUUAGUAGUGGAAUUUAUUAAAGGUGUUCUACACAAACACACACACGCACAAAA